CCUGGUAGUCACCUCUACCACAUGGGCCCGGGAAAUUAUACACAAAUUUCAGAAUUUCUUCUCUUGGGAUUUUCAGAGAAACCAGAACUGCAGCCCCUCAUAUUUGGGAUUUUCCUCUCCAUGUACCUGAUCACUGUGUUUGGAAACCUGAUCAUCAUCUCAGCCAUCACUUUAGACACCCACCUCCACACACCCAUGUACUUCUUCCUCUCCAACCUGUCCUUUGUAGACAUCUGUUUCACCUCCACCACCAUCCCAAAGAUGCUGUGGAACAUCCAGACCCAGAGCAAAGUUAUCACCUAUGAAGGUUGCAUCACCCAGAUGUACUUUUUCAUACACUUUCUGUGUUUGGAUAACUUCCUCCUAGCUGUGAUGGCCUAUGAUCGCUUUGUGGCCAUCUGUCGCCCCCUGCACUACAUGGUCAUCAUGAAUCCCUGGCUCUGUGGACUGCUGGUCCUUGUGUCCUGGAUCACGAGUAUUCUAAAUUCCCUGUUGGAAAGCUUAAUGUUAUUGCCACUUUCCUUCUGCGCAGACUUUGAAAUCCCUCACUUUUUCUGUGAGCUCAAGCAGAUGGUACAACUUGCCUGUUCUGACAACUUUAUCAAUAACAUGGUGAUGUAUUUUGCUGCUGGGCUGCUGGCUGCUGUUCCCCUGGCUGGUAUCCUCUACUCUUACUCUAGGAUAGUUUCCUCCAUUUGGGGAAUCUCAUCAUUUCAAGGGAAGUAUAAAGCAUUUUCCACCUGUGCAUCUCACCUCUCUGCCGUCUCCUUAUUUUAUUGUACAUCUUUUGGAGUGUACCUUAGCUCUGCUGCUACCCACAGCUCACACUCAAGUGCAAUAGCCUCGGUGAUGUACACUGUGGUCACACCUAUGUUGAACCCCUUCAUCUACAGCCUGAGGAACAAUGACAUAAAGGUUGCUCUGAAAAGUUUAUUUAGGACAAGUACUUUAAAAGGGCAUUUUUUUUUUAGCUAA